GUUCUGCGUUGGCUUGAUAGGCAAUUACCUUGAUUCCUAGAAAGUGUUCAGGGAGGAGGAGGGAAACGAAAAUGAAUUCCGUAUUCGAGGAAGCGGUGAUACGGCAACAGUUUGAGCAGCGGGGAAUCAAUCUUAAACUGAUUUCCCUAAUUUGGAAGUACCUGGCAGUACACGAGAAUGUAGAAGCAUAUGAAGUUCCUGGGCUAUCUAAAGCGGCGUGCGAUGUAUUGCGUACGAAUUUCAAGUCCACGACAUCCACUGUUAAAGCCACCGUUAAAUCCGCAGAUCAAUCCACCACCAAACUACUUAUCCAGCUGCAGAAUGGCUCUUUUGUGGAAACUGUAAUCAUGAGCUAUGACAGUAGAUUGGGUACUUAUGCUGGAAGACAAAGGCCAGGAGGUCCACGGGCUACUUUGUGUGUAUCAUCACAGGUAGGGUGCAAAAUGGGUUGCACAUUUUGCGCAACUGGAAGUAUGGGAUUUAAGAGCAAUCUUUCAGCAGGGGAAAUAGUCGAGCAGCUAGUCCAUGCAUCUCGGUUAUUACAGAUCCGCAAUGUUGUAUUUAUGGGAAUGGGAGAACCUCUCAAUAAUUAUAAUUCUGUUGUAGAAGCUAUUCGGUCAAUGACAGGACAAUGUUUCCAGAUAGCACCAAGGCAUAUUACCAUUUCAACAGUUGGAGUUAUUCCUAGGAUUAAUAGCUUAAAGUAUGAUUUGCCCAAUGUAAAUCUUGCGGUAUCCCUUCAUGCACCAUUGCAGGAGGUCCGAUGUCAGAUAAUGCCAGCAGCACGUGCGUAUCCUCUCAGAAAGCUGAUGGAUACAUUACGUUCUUAUCAAGAGCAUUGUAAGCGUAAAAUUUUUAUAGAAUAUAUUAUGCUUGACGGGAUUAAUGACCAAGAAGACCAAGCACACCAAUUAGGAACGUUGCUAGAAGAGCGUGAAGUGGUGGUAAACUUAAUACCUUUCAAUCCUAUUGGAAGUAUCAGUAAAUUUAGUUCAAGUACCAAGGAAAAUAUAGAAUUAUUUCAGAAGGUUCUCAGAAACGUCUACAACAUCAGGACAACUGUUCGUCAAGAAAUGGGUCAAGACAUUAGUGGGGCCUGUGGUCAACUACUCGUUAAAUUUUCAGGCGAAAAUUCCAUAAAUAUGGAGUAUGGUAGGCAAUCAGAGGGAAUUCCUGAUAUUGAAGAUCUUUCCCUGUGAAGGUCUGGGUGAAUUUUUGUAGAUUGUCAAAUUGAUGUCAAUGCUUAUUUGCUUGUAAUUUUCGUUCAAUUCUCAUGGUGAGACUUAAAUGCUUUGUGUUCUGUUUAUCACCAUCAUAGUUGAGAAAUCGUGAUGGCUUUCAGCAGUAAAAUUAUGGAUUAACAAGUACCAGCAAAUGAUAGAAAACUAGACAUAGGUGCUUCUGCUAAGUAGUUAAAAUAAACCGACAAAACCGGAAGAAUUUUGUCAAAACAGUUUCCUCGAACUGAAGUGUUCGUGGUAGUGCUGAAUAAUUUCACAAAAUAGACAAUGCAAACAUAAAAUCCAUACCUCAAUAUAUUUAAGAGUAAUGAAUUAUUUUUUCAUAA